AUGAGCACCUCCCCGACUAUCAAGUCCACCGAGACUGCAGCCUCUUCUGCGGGCUCCUCCGAAUCCAAACCCUCCACCGGGUCGGUGAAUGCGCCGUCUUCUGCCACCGGAAGCAAAACCAACGCGUCUGACGGAAAAAGUGGCUCCGUCUCCGGGGCUGCCGCCGCGUCUGGUAACCCGGUGAACCCGGCCUACUACUACCCAAAUUACUACUCUGUGCCGCCAGCAGGAGAGGCCAAUAGCGCUUCCAACCCCGCCUACGCCGCCUAUUACAACAACUAUGCCAAUUACAACUAUCAGAAUCCAAGUGCCUCGCGCUCAAACAAUUUCUACAACUACGCCGCCGCAGCUGCCGCAGCGGGUGGCUACUACAACAACGGCACGACACCGCAGGCGCUGACGCUGGCGCCGCUGGCACAAGCCAACGGCUUAUCUGGCUACUAUCAGGGGGGCUCUUCUGCGUCCACUGCCGCUGCGAACCCAGCGGCCCUGGCGUUGAUUGACCACUACAGAGAGGCCUAUCUGCCGGACCCCUUGAAGGGGGGAAAGCCGCGCGCAAAAAAGGCAAACGGUACCGCCAGUAACCAACACUCGGUACCGCCAAACGCUAAGGGAGACGAUAACAAGGGCACCGCUGACCGCCCGUACGCCUGUACCUUUGACGACUGCCCAUGGUCCUUUGCCAGACAAAGUGACUUGCGCCGACACAUCAAGUCGCAUGCCGAGCCUGCGUUCCACUGCCCAUACUGGAAGAACGAUCCCACUUGCCACCGGAAUGGUGGUGCCUUCAACCGAUUGGAUGUGUUAAAGCGGCACUUGAAGUUGGUGCACUACGUGCAAGACAAGCAGAGAAACAGCCGUGCCGACGAAUUCACCAAGAACUUGCCUAAGGACGGCGUUAUCGUCAAGACGGGCGGUAGUAACCACAUCAACAGCGGUAAGGAAGACCCCGGCUGGUGUAGAGCAUGCCAGCGCAUGUUCCCUGCCUCAAGAAACUUUGUGGACCACUGCUACGAAUGUGCCUCCUCCUUGACUCCUGCCGAAUGGAAAGUCAACACCGCCAAGCCGAACUACGUGCUCAAAGUGGAGACGCUUCAGCAGCAGCAACAGCAACAGCAGCAGCAACAGCUCAAUGCCGCGCUUGCAGCCGCGGCUGCCGGUCUGUCGCACGACGCCAUGGGUCAGGCCCAGGACGCGCUUGCCAUUUUGGCCCAAGGGUUGACUGACGACAAGAACUCCAAAAACUUUUAUCAGCAGCAGCUCAACCAACCAGCUGGCCACCAGCCGCAGCUGCCGCAACACCUGCCACAGUACAGUAACGGACCAUCGGUCACCUUGCCUCCGAUCACUGCCUCGAAGCCAGAAAUUGACGAUGCGUUGGCCUCCAUUGACGGCAUCAACACCGAAAAUGAGAAGAAGAGAUCAGCCGAGAACUUGGAGAACGAAACCGUGAAAAAGCAACUUAAGGUCGAAUAG